CGGGCCACAGAGUAUCCUAGGACUAGGUUCCCUCUGGCCCAACCUCCCAGACCCCUGCCGCCCCACUUCCUCUCCACCUUUAGGCCAUCAAUUCCAUUAGUCUCCUCUGUGCAACCACAGGGCUAGCCAAGAAUGUACCGCGCCGCCUAGAUUCUAGAACUUACUGUUCACUUGUCAAUGUCCCCUCACCCCCACUUCACAAGGGUUGUGAAUGAACUUGAGCGCCAGAAAUACACCUUUAUCUUUGCAUCCUUGGUGCCUGGCAUAUAGCAGGUGUUCAGUAAACUUUGUUGGAGCUAAUAAGCGUCCAGCAGACCAACUGCUGCCCAAGGUGAAAAAACGUGUGCGUGGCGGGGGGAGGGCAGAGAAGAUUUAGAGAGUCGGAUGGGAACUGUGAGAAAGGGGAGAUUACCGCCCUGUGCCAACUGACCUUUGGAGGUGAAACCCAUCUGCCUGGGGACAAAAGACAAGGAAAGGAGAGUGUUUAUCACAGGUCGAAGCCAAGUAGUUCUCUUCCCGGGUAAUAAUAAACGAGAGAAAGCUGACUGGACGCCAGAUUCUACCAAAAUAGGAAUCUAACCUUAAAGGUAAACCUUAAUCUUAAGUAAAACGAACAAUUCCUUGCCUCAACUUUUUUUUUUUUAAUUAACAUUUUCGCAAAGCGUGUUAUCAAAUAUCGAAGAGGCAUCAGCAACACUUAUUCUCCGGGGACUGGAGCAGAUCCGGGAGGUAAGGAGUCGAGGGACGUGAGGAGGUCGCGGGCACGGCGGCCCUGAGAUGCGGACCCCGCCGGGGGCUGCCUGAAAUCAUCACCUGACCCGGCACGUCCGAGGAGCGCCUGUGGCGUACCUUUCCGGGUCGAGGGCGGAGGAGCGGCGGUGUAGGGGGCAUGCCCAGAACCCGACCGUAAUUGGGAGGUACGUGGGCCGGCCUCAACGUGGGGGCAGCGGCAGCCGCCGCGCUGCAGGACCACCGCCGGCCGCGCCUGUUGGGCACCGUUGCCAGGGAGACCGCGCGGGGCAUGCUGGGAAGUCGGGGCGCGGCGGCUCUGCUGCGGAGGCGGAAGUGUGUGCCGACCCAAGAGGGCGGGGAAGAGAGAGCAGGCCCGGCGGGUCGCGGUUUCUUAUCCUGAUAGCAGCCUUUUGAGAGCAUACGUGUUUAGCGACCCCGCGCCUUCAGGCCCGCAGCAGCUGAUCCACGACGCAGUCUGGUGCCACUGGCUUCACGGAACCGGGCUUCCCAGUGACGUCAGACCCGGAGACUUCCUGUUCCCGCUCUUGGAGUCGGACUCGCACGUGCCAGGACUUCCAGUGCUCGCCUGGGUCCUGCGGGCUUCUGAUCGAGGGGCUGGUCCCCUGGCAGGACGGAGCAGAAUCUUCAGCAGCCUCCAUCCCUAUCCAAAGAUCAAACUCCAUGAAACCAUUGAGUUUGUGCCUUGUAACAUACGGGAAAAGCACAAGAGAAUGAAAAAGUACCCAGGUGUUGCCUGAGGAUCUAGACAGGUAAUUGUUCAAACGAUCAUCAUGGGUAUUCGAGGACUAAUGAGUUUUGUGGAAGAUCACAGUAAUGAGUUCUUCAUUGAUUUGAAGUUGCGAGACACAAAAAUUAUCAUCGAUGGCUAUGCUCUCUUCCACCGGCUUUGCUUCAAUUCAAACUUGGAGCUUCGGUUUGGAGGGGACUAUGAUUCUUUUGCAGAUGUUGUACAAAAAUUCUUCGAAUCACUGUCUGCUUGUAAUAUAUGUCCAUAUGUUGUAUUAGAUGGAGGAUGUGACAUUUCAGAUAAAAAGCUUACAACUUUAAAGGAUCGAGCUAGAGAGAAGAUCCAGAUGGCCCAUUCCCUUUCUGUUGGUGGGGGUGGAUAUGUAUGUCCCUUACUCAUCCGGGAAGUGUUCAUACAGGUUUUGAUCAAGCUGCAGGUCUGUUUUGUCCAGUGCUUUUCAGAAGCAGAUCGGGACAUUAUGACACUGGCUAAUCAUUGGAAUUGUCCCGUGUUAUCAUCGGAUAGUGACUUUUGCAUUUUUGACCUGAAAACUGGGUUUUGCCCAUUGAAUAGCUUUCAGUGGAGAAACAUGAACAGUAUUAAGGGCACAAAAGACUACUAUAUUCCUGCAAAAUGCUUUUCCCUGGAUGCAUUCUGUCAUCACUUCAGCAAUAUGAAUAAAGCCCUACUACCUCUUUUUGCGGUGCUGUGUGGAAAUGACCAUAUUAAUCUGCCCAUCAUGGAGACAUUCUUAAGUAAAGUACGUCUUCCUCUUGGAGCUGCCAGUUCUAAGGGGAGGAGACACCACCGAGUUCUGGGACUUCUGAAUUGGUUGUCUCAAUUUGCUGACCCUACUGAAGCACUAGAUAACGUUCUGAAAUAUCUCCCCAAAAAGAAUCGAGAAAAUGUUAAGGAACUUCUCUGCUGUUCCAUGGAAGAAUACCAGCAGUCCCAGGUGAAGCUGCAGGACUUCUUCCAGUAUGGUACUUAUGCCUGUCCAGAUGCCUUGAAUCUGGGUUUACCGGAAUGGGUACUAGUGGCUUUGGCCAAAGGCCAGCUGUCUCCUUUCAUCAGCGAUGCUUUGGUGCUAAGACGGACCAUUCUUCACACACAGGUGGAAAACAUGCAGCAACCAAAUGCCCACAGAAUCUCUCUGCCCAUCCGGAAAAUCAUCUAUGGGCUUCUUUUGAAUGCUUCUCCACAUCUAGAAAACAUGUCCUGGAAUGCAUUUCCUCUUCAGCGUCUAGCUUUCAGUGAAGUGGAAAGGAUUAAUAAAAAUAUCAAAACAUCAAUUGUUGAUGCAGUAGAACUGCCCAUGGAUCAUUCUGACUUGAGCAAAUUGACUGAGCUCUCCUUGGCUAGACGGCAGAUACUUCUGUUAGAAACACUGAAGGUGAAACAGACUGUUCUGGACCCAAUCCCUACUUCACUGAAGUUGCCUAUUGCUGUCAGUUGCUACUGGUUGCAGCACACAGAGGCCAAGGCAAAGUUACAUCAUCUACAGGCCUUACUGCUGGGAAUGCUGAUGGGGCCCUUGCAUGCCAUAAUCAACAGCCCUGGAAUUGUGGACCCCGCACCCAGGCAGGCUCAGUGCCUUGCUGCUCGCUAAUUGGUAAAAGGGUUGUUGUUUCCUGCCCCUUAUCCUCUACUGUCUGAAGAAAAGUUGAUGAUUUGCCACAUUCUCUACAAGUCAUACCUUUGUUUUCCCAUAAAACAGAAGU